UUAACCAAUGAAAAGGAAGAACUGACAGAACCUUCGCCGCCCUUAUCAACUGCUACGAGGCUGAAACCUGCGUGAACCUGAUCGGUAUUCUUGAUCUGCAGCUUCCUCUCUAGUAGCCAUCACCAAUAGUCCAGCAGCAAGACUGUUUAGAAAAAUGGAAGGGAAUGGAUCCAUCGACAUGUUCUCAGAAGUCCUAGAGAACCAGUUCCUCCAGGCCGCUAAGCUCGUGGAAAACCACUUGGACUCUGAAAUUCAGAAACUGGAUCAGAUUGGGGAAGACGAGCUGGAACUCCUCAAAGAAAAGAGACUGGCGGCACUCCGGAAGGCCCAGCAGCAGAAACAAGAAUGGCUUUCUAAAGGACAUGGGGAGUACAGAGAAGUGGCCAGCGAGAGAGACUUCUUUCAAGAAGUCAAGGAGAGUGAAAAGGUGGUUUGCCAUUUCUACAGAGACACCACAUUCAGGUGUAAAAUACUAGACAGACAUUUGGCAAUACUGGCCAAAAAACAUCUUGAAACCAAGUUUUUGAAGCUGAAUGUGGAAAAGGCGCCAUUCCUCUGUGAGAGACUGCGCAUCACAGUCAUCCCCACAUUAGCGCUCCUGAGAGACGGCAAGACACAAGAUUAUGUUGUCGGGUUCACCGACCUAGGCAAUACGGAUGACUUCACUACGGAAACCUUAGAAUGGAGACUUGGCUGUUCCGACGUUAUCAAUUACAGUGGAAAUUUAAUGGAGCCACCAUUUCAGAGCCAAAAGAAAUUUGGGACAAACUUCACAAAGCUGGAAAAGAAAACUAUCCGAGGAAAGAAAUACGAUUCAGAUUCUGAUGAUGACUAGACUGUGCUGUCCUUGUAGACCAUCUGUUUGUCUGUUUACUUCAGAGUUAAGUGUGUUCCUAAAUUCUCCUGAUUUCGGCCCAUUGACCAUCUAUACUCAUAUCCCAACGUUUAUACUGUGUCACUACAUGGAAGAACAUCAUUACUAUUUUGACCAUCAUGUGUAACUUGAAAGAAACAGAUAUUUUAAAUUACCUGGAAAGGGUCUGCAUUCUCUAUUUUUGUGAUUGAUUUUAUCAUAACGUAAUUCUUCUAUCUUUAUACCACUCACUCUUGUGUUUUAAAUCUACUGAAUUAGAAAUAGAAAUUCAGCCAACUAUUCCAGCAUUUAAUGAGUGCUGUCUAUACAAGGGUGGGUAACAUUUCCUGGUGUAGCACAUGCACCUGUCAGUGAAUCCUCACUUCAUUCAUAGAAUGUGUUUCAGGAGAUAUUAAAGCCUUGCUCAUGUA